AUGUCCAGUCAACUUAUCAACAAAACAUCUACUUUUAAAAAAGAAACAUGCAACGCAGUCUUAACCGAUGUAACAAUUAGUCUUCCUUUUCCACCAAAUUUUAAUGUUGCAGCAGAUAUUAUUAAUAGGCGAAAACCUUCACAAAUUAAUUUAAAAGCUCCAAAUGCUUUUUUAAUAUAUCGUAAGGUUUUCUUAGACCACAUUUGUACUAUUAAUCACAACCUUAAAAUGACUGAUGUCUCAAAAUUAGUCAGUACACAUUGGAAAAAUGAACCUGAAUCAGUUAAAUCAUUUUACAAAGAUGUCUCUCAACAAAUUGAAUGUGAACUUAAUGAAAAAAGAAAGGCAAAUGUAUCAUUCUGUAGAGUGGUUUGGAAAAACUCAAAAUUAUCUGGACUUUCUAACCAAAGGCGAAAAGUAACAAAGAAAAAAAGACAAUUUAAUUUUAGUGCUAAAACUUCAUCUAGACAUCCACCACGUAGUAAUAUAUUUUAUGAAUUUGUUAAUGUCACUCCAGAAGCUAUUCUUGCAUCAAAACCGGGAAUGUUAAAAACUGACAAUUUUGAUAAUUUUUCGCUUUCUACUUCUACUACAAAUUGCAAAUUUUCAAAUACUAUGCCAACAAAAGAUAAAUCACAUGUAAUUGGAUAUAAUAAGAACAAUAAUCACGUCACAUACUCACGUGAUAAUGAAUUUCACAAUGCUGAAGUAUCUAAUACGAAUUCUGAAAUAGUUGGCAUUGAAGGAAAUAUUCCUUCACCAACUAACUACAAUAAUACCAAUUUGGGGGACACCCUUUAUCAUGAAGAAUUUAUGCAAUAUGCUUUUACUCAAAAUUUAGAUUUUUCUCAGAGUAUUCUAAACUUUAAUUAUGAUAUAAAUUAUAAUAUAUUAGACUAUUAUUUACAAGAUUUUUCUGAGUAG